GAUAGAGGGGCAAGCGAUAAGGAGCGAUAACCACCCCAUAUGACUUCGGCGAUGGUCACGCAACACCGGCUUGGGUGGACUGAUUCGACUAAGCAAAGAGGUUGUCUACGUAUAUAUCAACUCUCUUACUUAACUUUGACGUGUACCGUUGUAUGAUGCUGAAUGGAUUCAUAUAAUAUCAUUCUCCCAUGUUUGCUUUAUACGAUACGGUCACUGAGACGAGAAUAAGCCCACCGCCAACCUCCCACCUUUCAAGAUCAUCAUAGAAGCGGUCAACAGCAUUUGGCCAGCACCAAAGCAACUCGACCGUGAUCGAGAACAAAGAAGAGGGCCACCAUCAAGAGCUGGCACGAUACAAAUUCAACUUGAGAACGUCGAUUUCGAUUAUAAAGAGUAUCGCGAUUGCGGGGUAAGUUCUCAUAUACAUACCGACAGACAACUCUCGCGAUGGCAUCUUCAAGACAUGGCCGUAGCCACGAAGAUGACACAAGGCCUACCCGACGAACGGCUCGUACUUGGGACAAUAUAGCUCGCUCAUCUGAUGCUACCCAACGUUUGCGCAACGAAGAAUCCUGGGUCGAAAUUUCAUCUCAACCAUCAUCCUCAUCCUUAUCCUCCAUCGACAACGAGAUUGUAACAGCUGGGUUACGCGUCCAGUCUUCCACCUUACGGCGUGGACGCCGUCAUGGCCCCGCCGGCGUAUCUCGCAUCUCUCAGGUUGUCGCCCAACGAAGCACCAGCAGCCAGGAUGAAUACGACGAAUCCGAGUCCUCCUCCGACGACCGUGUUCUUACCAGCUCAAACGAGAAUAUCCACUCGGGACGCGUCUCUCCUAGACAGCAAAUGAGACAAGACAUCCACUUCCCGCCUCCGUCAGAGGACGAGGACGACGAAGAUGAAGACGGCACGGCUCUGGGCAUCACUGCACCAGCAUUUAGUCCCCAGCCGAAUGCCUUUUCCCAUCCGCCAAACCAAGCACAAACGAGUAACAGGGCCUCCUUCGUUCCGCCUCGGCACUACCGCUCACCCCACCCCACCCACCAAGCAGCCAACGACGCCGCCCUCCGCGCCUCUCUCACAACACUCCUUUCCUGCGCCAAAGCGGCACGGUCAUUGCCCAAACAGCCUUCACCGACGAUGCAAACACCUGGAAUCAACAACAGGAAUGAAUUUCAGGGCUUGAGACUGGUCCCUGAAUCAGAACUCCUUGGCACACGGCCUCCACCCACCUCUCCCAACCUUGCGCCUGGACUGGGGAACGGCAUCCCCAGCAGGAGAUCACGCAGCAGCGCUACCGUCUCCGAAGACGAGAAUGAGCGCGGAAGGCGGAAAACUACGCAGCAGGGCCGUUCAACUAAGAAGAAACGGGUUGCUGUCCAAAGUGGGCGCGAGCAGACACAGCAACUUCUCAGCCCAACGCUGCUGACAUGGCUUGUAAGCGCUGGUGUAGUUAUUGUAGUGUCCGCCGUUGGCUUUGGAGCUGGCUACGCUUGGGGUUACGAGACUGGAAAGCAGGAGGGCGAGCUUUUGAGCGGCUGCGGGUUGGAAAUCACGGUGCCUCGCGUCAAAAGGUUUAGGUGGGGUGGCGGCAGCGGGAUUGCUGCUUAACGGUCAUUACGAGAAUGAGGGAAUGAGAUAUGAGAUACGACGGUAGGUAAAUACCUGGAAGGUAGGAAGGGUGUACCAUGCAGAUUGCUUUGGCUCGAGCUGGAUGUGGGGAAUUUAGCUCGGAAUAUUCUUAUAUGUCACGGAUGGGCGAGGUGAGCCCGGUGGCUGUUUUUAUCGAUGGGUAACUUCUGGCGUUGGAAGGGGGUCUGUAGGCCAGCUUGAUAAGGAAGGGCCUUAAAUCAUUUUAUGUUGGGCUUUGAGAUUGAAUAACUGCG